CUCCCCCUGUUGUUUCUUUAUUCUUUUGUUUGGCCCUGGAACAACUGGAUGGUCCAGUCGGUUUUCUAUAGGGACCACAAAGACUUGUAGAUCCCGCCCAUUUUUCGGACCCCUUACUCCCCCCCCCUUCGAUAAGAAAAUGUAUUCAAAGAAAAAAGAAAACGUUAUUUCUUUUGAGCUCAUCAAUUCUCUACUUUGAUGAGUUUUGCCCGAGUAGGAUCUAAAACAAAAUGGCGGCCGUCGAAAAUCAAAUUAAUGAAAUGAUAUUUCCAACGAGUCCCAACCCAAAAAAGACGAAAGCAUUUCCGUGUUUUUUAUUAUUAUUUUGUUAAAACCAUCAACCUUGAGGCCUAUUUCAUUUGAAUCUUAUCAGAGAUAGCCGGCAAGUUUAUAUAUUCACAGAUAUAUCCUGGACUUUGUGCUAAAAGGGUUGGCGACAGUCGCCCCACACCACCAAACUUUAACAUUUUUAUUUUCAAGAAAUAUCAAAACCUUUUUGGGUUGGAAAUAUCUCGGUGUUUGAUCUCUACUUAAAAUAACCCUCCCUCCCUGUCCCUUUUUUUAACCAAUUUGAAUAGAUGAAUAGAUAUACGGCAAAGAAGUAAAAAGAAGAAAAAGGUGGAAAUUGGGAUGAAAAGUCAAGCCGCUCGCGCGCGCUUUCCAAGAUGGCGGCGCCUGGAAGUCAGGAGGCCUCUGGAUGGAGGAAGGGGGAGAAAAAAUAGAAAAUAGAGAAGGACGCCAGUAGAUGUAGAAAUUGCCAUGUGUUUACCUGUCGGUGUGUCUAUAUAGCCGGCAGCCAUUUUUUUUUAAUUUUUUUUUCUCUUCUCUGAAGAAAAAGAUAAAUUAUUCUUUUCUUUUCUUUCUUAUCACAUCUAAUACCUUUCUCACCUUUUGGUUAGUUCUUUCAGCUGCUGCACAGGUUUUCCAGGCACACACAUAGACGAGACGUUCGUGAAAAUUAGCGCCGACUUGUGACUUUUUUCACCUUUUUUCUUCUUCUUUUCCCGUUUGAAUGUUAUUUGGAAUCUGGGUGUUAUUUUUAUUUUAUUUUAUAAAAUGUCCAGGCCCUUUUUUUCACCUGUUUGAUGACUACAGCAGACGACGAUGGCUAUCGAACCUUAUUCGACUGCUGGUAUAGAUCGGCACAAUAAGUUAAGGGUCUCCCAAGUGUCUUAUAACUUGGUGUGUUAUCUGAUGACGCAAGGCUGAGCACACCUUUGCACGUAACAAUCGGACACUCUUGAGCAAUACGAGUCGAUCUGCAUAAAGUGAACAGAAUUGACUCGGAUCAAUUUCGAUUAUUUUAAAAAAUAAAAUGCCGAAUAGAAUAAAAGGAAGAAGAAGGAAAAAGGGGGGAAAUGUACAAGAAUGGAAGAAGAAGAAAAUAAAUAAAAAAAGGCCCCAGGGCAGACUCUUGUAACUACAGGUAGAAAUAAAAAAUGGGCAAAUAAGAAAAGGAGGGAGAGCUACAGGUAGAAAAAAGGUAAGACGAGGCUUCUCUCUCUUUUAGGUGGUGGUGGGGGGGGGGGGGGAAAUGAGCGACUGGCUUUUUCUCAACUUCAGUCUCGAGUUUGUUGUCCGUGUGUCGAGGACGUCGUCUUACCGACUCUCACAUCAAAUUUAAAUUUUUGAUUAUUUUGGUUGGUGUUGUGUGUCUUCUCACCUGUGUGUGUGUGUGGUUGGAUGCCUCAACAGAUUGUGUCUAUAGUGAACAAGUUCAUUUUUUAGUUUAAAGUGAAGACUAAAUAGAGUGGGAGGCUUGGAUUAAAUUGAAAUUCGGUUGGAUUAUUUAACAGCGGUAGGAGGAGGAGCCAACAGAAACGAGAGACGAUCUGGGACUGAAAUUUUAAUAAAAUGAACUGAGCCAAAAAUGUCGUUGACGCCCGGGCCGAAACUGCGUUGGCUGUCAAAGGCCGUCCACAUCUAUUUGAGUGUCGUCCUGUUGUGCUGCUGGUGUCGGCCGGCCAGCUCGGCCGCCGGACCGACAGCCUCAAACGUCACGUCCCAUCACUCUAGUCCCGCCGAUAAAGCCAACGAAGUCUUUAAAGGCAAAAUCUGCAUCGGGACGAACGGGCGGAUGUCUGUGCCGUCCAACCGGGAGCACCACUACCGGAAUUUGCGCGACCGCUACACCAACUGCACGUACGUCGACGGCAACCUGGAACUGACUUGGCUCCAGGACGAGCACCUGGACUUGACUUUCCUGCAGCACAUCCGCGAAGUCACCGGCUACGUCCUCAUCUCGCACGUCGACGUCCGCCGCAUCGUCCUGCCGGCCCUGCAAAUCAUCCGCGGACGGACUCUGUUCAAACUCAACGUCCACGACGAGGAAUUCGCCCUCGUCGUCACCCUCUCCAAAAUGCACAACCUCGAAAUGCCCGCCCUCAGAGAUAUAUUGGCGGGUAGUUGCGGACUGUUCAACAACUACAACCUGUGCCACAUGAAGACGAUCAACUGGGAGGAGAUUAUCACGGGCUCCAAUUCCAAGAUUUUCAACGUUUACAAUUUCACGGAGCCGGAGCGUGAGUGUCCGGCUUGUCACGAGUCGUGCGAGGCCGGUUGCUGGGGCGAAGGACCCGAGAAUUGCCAGAAAUUCUCCAAAAUCAACUGCAGUCCGCAGUGCCACCAGGGGCGUUGCUUCGGACCCAAGCCGCGCGAGUGCUGCCACUUGUUUUGCGCCGGCGGGUGCACCGGACCCAAGCAGAGCGACUGUCUCGCUUGCCGGAAUUUCUUCGACGACGGCGUGUGCAAGCAGGAAUGCCCGGCCAUGCAGCGCUACAACCCCAUCACGUACUCUUGGGAAAUCAACCCCGAGGGCAAAUACGCCUACGGCGCCACCUGCGUCAAAACGUGUCCUGAGCAUUUGCUCAAGGACAACGGGGCCUGCGUCCGCAUCUGCCCGCCCAAGAAGAAGGCCGUCAACGGCGAGUGCGUCGUCUGCGACGGCCCUUGUCCAAAGACCUGCCAGGGCGUCGAUAUCGUCCACGCCGGAAACAUCGAGAGCUUCCGCGAUUGCACCGUCAUCGAGGGAUCCAUCACGAUCCUGGAUCAUUCCUUCGCCGGAUUCCAGCAGAUUUACCCCAAUUUCACCUUCGGCCCGCGCUACCCGCGACUCCAUCCGGACCGGCUGGAAAUAUUCGCCACCCUCCAGGAGAUUACUGGGUUUAUUAAUGUCCAGGCUUCGCAUCCGGAAUUCCGGAAUUUGUCCUACUUCCGCAAUUUGGAGACGAUUGGCGGCCGGCAGCUGACGGAAUAUUUUUCGGCCUUGUACAUUGUCAAAACGUCGUUGAAUUCGCUCCACCUGCGAUCGCUGAAAAUGAUCCGGGCCGGCAGCGUGACGGUGCUGGAGAACAAGGAGCUGUGCUUUGCUGAGAGCAUCAGCUGGACCAAGAUCAUCAAAUCGCAGCAGCACGGGACUCUGCUGCAGAACAAUAAACUGGCCGCCCAGUGCCUGGAAGCUGGACUGGUCUGCAGUGCCCAGUGUUCCGUCGAGGGCUGCUGGGGCCUGGGACCCAACGAGUGUCUCUCCUGCGCCCAUUUCCAGCUGGACGAGACUUGCGUCGAGAGUUGCGACUUGAAUUUAGGGAUUUACGAAUUGACUCCUAAACUGUGCAAGCACUGCCACCACGAGUGCGAGGAAACGUGCACCGGUCCAGGGCCGGGCAACUGCACCAUCUGCAAGCACGUGAAAGACGGCCCGUAUUGCGUGCCGGCCUGCCCGACCAGUAAAUUCAACGACAGCGGCAACGAGUGUCUUUCGUGCCACGAGAAUUGCGUGGGCGGCUGCACCGGGCCGGAGAACAACAUUGGGCCGCGCGGCUGCCGAUCCUGCGAGAAGGCCGUCAUCAACGGCGACGUCGAAGUGGAUCGCUGUUUGAAAAAGACGGAAACGUGCCCGGACGGCUACUAUUACGAGUGGGUGGGACCGCAGGAGCAAGGGCCGCUCAAGCCGCUGGCCGGCAAGGCCGUCUGCCGCAAAUGCCAUCCGCGCUGCAAGCGAUGCAACGGCUACGGCUUUCACGAACAGGUGUGCCAGGAAUGCGUCAAAUACAAACGGGGUGAGCAGUGCGAGGAUGAAUGCCCGCAGGAUCACUACGCCGAUGAGGAGCGACACGAAUGUUCCAGGUGCGCCAGCGAGUGCCGUGGCUGUACCGGCCCCAACGUCCACCAGUGUCUCAGCUGCCGCAAUUACCGCGUCUACUUAUCCCCUGGAACAACAUCGACGAUCCUGGACCCGCUGACCAAUUCCACUCAGCCGUUCAACUGCACGGCCAACUGCCCGGCUGAAGCCCCGCACAAGAUUUUCCCAGGUGACGGAGGUGAUCCUUACUGCGCCAAGGAGCCGGUGGUCAAUCCCCUGGUGGGCAAUGGCGACGAGGAGCACAUUGCGGCCAUCCUGGGCGGAGUGAUCGGUUGCGUCACCCUCCUGGGCGUUUUCCUGGCCUGUUUCGGCUACCACUGGCACCAACGGGCCAAGUCUAAGGAGAACACGGCCAAGAUGACGAUGGUCAUGUCCGGCUACGAGGACAGCGAACCUUUACGGCCCAGUCACGUCAAGCCCAACCUGGCCAAACUGCGCAUCGUCAAAGAGGCGGAGCUGAGACGGGGCGGCAUCCUGGGCUACGGGGCUUUCGGGACCGUCUACAAGGGCGUCUGGGUCCCCGAGGGCGAAAACGUCAAGAUCCCAGUGGCCAUCAAAGUCCUGCGCGAAGGGACCGGGUCCAACACGAACCGCGAGAUCCUGGACGAGGCCUACAUCAUGGCCAGCGUGGAGCAUCCUAAUUUGUUGCAGCUGCUGGCCGUCUGCAUGACGUCGCAGAUGAUGCUGGUCACUCAGCUGAUGCCGCUGGGCUGCCUGCUGGACUAUGUGCGCAACAACCGGGACAAGAUCGGGUCCAAGCCGCUGCUCAAUUGGUGCAGCCAAAUCGCCCGAGGCAUGGCCUACCUGGAAGAGCGGAGGCUGGUCCACCGCGACCUGGCCGCCCGCAACGUCCUGGUCCAGAACCCGGCCUGCGUCAAGAUCACGGAUUUCGGGCUGGCCAAGCUGCUGGACAUAAACGAGGACGAGUACAAGGCGGCCGGAGGGAAGAUGCCCAUCAAGUGGCUGGCCCUGGAGUGCAUCCAGCACCGAAUCUUCACCCACAAGUCGGACGUCUGGGCCUUUGGCGUCACCGUCUGGGAGCUGCUGACCUACGGCGGACGGCCCUAUGAGAACGUGCCGGCCCGUGAAGUGCCCGACCUGCUGGAAAAGGGCGAGCGACUACCCCAGCCGCCCACCUGCACCAUUGACGUCUACAUGAUUAUGAUCAAGUGCUGGAUGCUGGACGCCGAGAGCCGGCCCAGCUUCAAAGAGCUGGCCGAUGAAUUCGCCAAAAUGGCCCGCGAUCCUGGCCGCUAUCUCGUCAUUCCCGGCGAUAAACUGAUGCGCCUACCUUCCUACUCUCCUCAGGACGAAAAAGAAUUGAUCCGGAAUUUGUCGUCGUCGAUGGACGGCCCGGAAGUCAUCAUGGAUGCCGAAGAAUAUUUACAACCCAAAUCUCGUUGCCCGUUGCCGUCCAGCAGCUCGACCAUCACGGCCGAGACGCCGCUGCCGCCGCCCACGCCCGUCAAGAAAUACGCGGCCGGCGGAAGCAGUACGGGCGGAGGCGGAAGUCUGGCCAACGGCUCGGAACACGCCGGAGUCUACGGCGCCGAAGGAUUUUCUAGCGCUGCCGGAAGUCAGAGGACGGCCAGUCCCGGCAUGGCCGCCAUGGGCCACCACCACCACCACCAUUUGGCUGGACUGCCGGCCGGCCAUCAUCCAUCCGCAUUCCAUCCGUCGCAGCAUCCGCAGCAGCUGCAGCCCAACUCCCAGCGCGACAGUGGCGGGCCCAGUCUCCGCUACUGCAGCGAUCCGCUCCAGCUCAUCGGCAAAGAAUUGGAAGCGGCGAUGGAAGACAGACGGUUACCCCACUACCUGCCGGGCGUCAAGACGGGAGCUCGAGUGGGCAACCUCAAGCUGGACCUGCCCGUCGACGAAGAUGACUACCUGAUGCCAUCUCCUCAGUCGACCCAACCCCACCACCACGCCGGUUACAUGGAUCUGAUUGGCGAUGCCAAACUCGGAGACAAUGGUGAACUGAGCAGCGGGGACUAUCACGCCCGGUCGAUGCCGGACUUUGUCAAGAGCCUGCCGGCCAUCAAGCGGAUGUCCGGGAUGCAUCCGACGCUUCCGCUGAGCAUGGACAAUCCCGAGUACCACAUGAUGAACAACCAGGACGUCAACACGCUGUACAACCCAUCGUCGCCCAGCUAUCAGCUCUCGCCGACCUCGUCCGUCUCGAGCGGCCUGCCCGUCGGCAAUGGCGCCACCCUGGGCAUUCCCGUCAACAGCCUGGGCGUCGGCACUUCCUUGUCCUCGUCUUCCGGCUCGUCGUCGUCGGCCACGCCCUCGGCCGGUGGCGCCGGUGGUCCGCUAGCCGGACCGAUCCAGUUUCCGACGGGCGCCUUUGGGCCGCGCUACCUGACGCAGCGCUCGUCGGAGGAGGAAGGAUCGGACCACGACUAUUACAACGACCUCCAGCGGGAACUGCAGCCGCUGCAGCCGCUCAAAAGGAACGAGACGACAGUCUAAUCCAGCAUCCGCGCCGGAAUGAUGAUCCUCCUUGCCAUCCUUUUAUUUUCCCCAUCUGACUGAAGAGACAAAUUUGUACAUCUUAUAUAAUUAAUUAAAUAUCCAUUUUUAUAUUAUUUGACAUCUGCUAUACAUAUAAAAGUGUGUGUGUGUGUGUGUGUGUGUGUCUGAUUGGGUUACGCAACCAGAAAUGAUAAAAAUUUCUUUUUUCUUUAUACCCUCCGUUGGAUUACUUGGAUGAGUGUGCGACAAAGUGUGCCAAAAUGAAUACUUUUGUUGAUUUUGAAUAAUAAUUUGAUUUGCCAAUUUAUCUUUGAUUUCUUUCCAUCUUUUCCCAAUCGAACAAGUUUGAAGUUUCUCCCAGUGAUACUCAAAAAAAUGAAUUUCAAUCCCCCUUCCCCCCACUGUGACGCAAUCUGUCUCGUUUUUAUUCUCAUUUUUUUUGUUUGAUUUGAAAUUGCCGCCAUUUUCUUCUUUGCAUUCAUAUAGAGCAAAUUUGACUACUGCUCCAGAAACUUUCAAGCGUGACUGUAUAUAACGUAUGACACGCCAAAAAUAAAACAAUUAUAUAAAUAAAA